AUGGAGCUGAGGGGAGGAAUCUGCUCUUUGUUUUUCCUGGUGAUUGGUGUGACCUUGCUCAGUGACUCUGGCUGCCUGAGUGAACACAACGUGGGCAAAGAGGGGGUUGGAACUCAGAGGCCGCCUCACCUUAUCUUCAUCAUGGUGGACGACCAGGGCUAUGGAGACAUUGGCUACCACGGCUCAGACAUCCACACUCCUGCGUUGGACCAGCUGGCAGCAGAGGGGGUCAAACUUGAAAAUUAUUACGUCCAGCCUAUCUGCUCACCCUCACGCAGUCAGCUCAUGACAGGCCGCUACCAAAUUCACACUGGACUGCAGCAUUCAAUCAUCCGACCCCGUCAGCCCCUCUGCCUGCCCCCAGACUUCCCCACCCUCCCAGAGCGUCUGGCUGAAGCUGGAUACGCCACACACAUGGUGGGUAAAUGGCACCUGGGUUUCUGCAGGCCGAGCUGCCUGCCCACCGGACGUGGCUUUCAGAGUUUUCUGGGCACACUGACCGGCAGUGGAGACCAUUUCUCCUAUCAGAGCUGCGACGGGGCUGAAGCUUGUGGGUUUGACCUGCAUGACGGAGACCGACCCGCCUGGGAGAUGACCGGGAACUACUCCACUCUGCUCUACAUCGAGAGAGUGAAGCAGAUCCUGAAGAGCCACGACCCCCAUACUCCACUUUUCCUCUAUCUGUCCCUUCAGGCCGCCCAUACACCCUUACAGGUACCAGAACAUUUUCUGCACCACUAUGAUUCUCAGACCAAUCGUAUCAGGCGCCACUAUGCAGCCAUGCUCAGCUGCUUGGACGAAGGCGUUGCAGAAGUAGUCCAAGAACUGAAGACUAGUGGCCUCUAUGAAAACUCAGUGCUGAUCUACUCAUCUGAUAACGGAGGGCAGCCGCUCUCUGGUGGGAGCAACUGGCCGCUCAGAGGUGGCAAAGGGACCUAUUGGGAAGGGGGCAUCAGGGCCGUGGGCUUUGUCCAUAGUCCUCUUCUGAAGAGGAAGGGCGAAGUAAGCCGAGCGCUGAUCCACGUCUCUGACUGGUUUCCCACAUUACUGGGGCUGGCCGGGGCCCUGCAGUCCAACCGUGGCCUUGAUGGUCACGAUGUGUGGCGGAGCAUCAGCGAGGACUCGCCUUGUCCUCGCACUGAAAUCCUUUUCAACAUUGACCCAGGGUCCAGGAAACCCGGGGAGCCUUAUGACAAGGCGUUGGUGCUCAACGGCUUUGGGAUCUGGGACACAGCUGUUAGAGCAGCAUUAAGGGCCGGUGACUGGAAGCUGCUGACAGGAAACGUGGGUGACGGGGACUGGAUCCCACCGAAGGCUCUUCCCGUCGGUCGAGAACGGUGGCAGAAAUUGGAGAAGCGGCGCAACGAGCUGGGAAAGUCGGUGUGGCUGUUUAACAUCAGCUCCGACCCUUACGAGAGGUACGACCUGGCAGAGGCUCGUCCAGAGGUGGUGAAACAUCUGCUGAAAAGGCUGGCGGAGUACAACCAGACAGCUGUGAUGACCAGGAAUCCACCGGAUGAUCCUAUGGCUGACCCAGAGCUCCACGGAGGGGUGUGGGGCCCCUGGCUGGGCCUGGAGGGGCAGGAGGGCGACAGUGGAGAGGAUGAUGGCAGGAGAGAAAGGAUGAUGAAGAUUAAGCACUGCAAGUUGUGUAAAUUAAAAGCCCUCUUCAAGAAGGUGGGGUCACGCCUGCAGAGAAACACCUUAUUCUAAAUGUCUCCUCGAGCAGCAAUGAGUAGACUGAGGGCUUCAGUGUGUUUCAAAU